CCAUGCAUAACAAAGGAGUUUGAAGAGAAAGUUGCAAACAAGGCUCUCCUAAAUCACGUGAUCAGCACACCGAUAGCAAAGACAGCAGAUAGUUGUGAAAUACAAUGUUUCAUUGAAGUCAAGUGUGAAUCAUACAACUUUGGUCCAAAUGAGAAUGGCGAUUACUUGUGCGAGCUGAGUGAUUCUGAUGGUGUUAGAGAUCCAGAUGACUUGAGGGCACGACAAGACUUCCUUCACCGUGCAACAAAGGUAUCAUGGGGAGGGGGUGUAGUGAAAAGCAUAACAUGAAAAUAAAGAAAUCGCUUUUUGAUAAUUAAGAGAUGAAUCUCGUGAUUUUUGGACCACGAAAUGUUGGCUCAAAACGUCGCAAGACUCGGAAAAACCUCUUGACGGCGAUGGAAAUUCCAUGUAAUAGCUAACCUUCUGAUAUUACAUCAAGAAAACUCUAUAAUUUGUCGUUGCCUGCUUCAAGCUGUGAAACUUGGUUCAAAGAGUUAUUUAUGGUCAUAUUGAAGCGCCUGCAUGUGGAGAGCCGAUUGGGCAAGGUUACGUUAUGUAAAUUUGGUAGCUGUGAGAGAUAUUGCUAAAAUGUUUAAUCUGCCAAGGGUUACGUGUACGAUGAUAUUUAGACCAUGUUCCACAUCCAAUUAGAAACUUAAACCAAUUAAUAAAGAAGUUUGUGUCAUCUUUUCUUUCUUACAUACCUUUAUUCAUGUAGCGAUCUGUUUGCCUUCUGAAUAUCUUUCGAAAAACCAAAACAAGUUGGUUCUUUUCGUUUAAUCUACGCAUUAUUUUCUUUUGCAUUCUAUGAAAGAAUCCAUGUGGUACCGCUCAGUGUCCUCCAAACUCACGAUGUUAUUCAGAUUUUGAACACGAAACCUAUCUCUGCGUUUGCUCACCGGGAUUUACCGGAGACAAGUGUGAAUCAGGUGAAUGAGUGUAAUAAGUUUAGCAUUAUCUACUUCAUGAUGCUGUGAUCACUUUCUUCUGCGGUUUUGAGAGAGAUCAGAAAUGGAGGUAGGUUAAUAUUUUUUGUAGAUUUGGACGAGUGCACAGACGGAAAGCAUGCCUGUCACGUGAACGCCAUAUGUAACAAUUCUGAAGGGUCAUACAGCUGCCUGUGCAAGGAUGGAUAUAAAGGCGAUGGGUUUCUAUGUGAAGGUGAAUAUUUAGCGAGUUUUGUUCCAGUUGGAAUAUAAAGUGAUAUCUACUCUAAUAGGUAAUAUAUUUCUUUGAAUAAAAGUAGCCGCAGUGAGAUAGAGGAGCCCCUGAGAUUGUAUUGAGUAGUGCCACUCUUUCUUAGGAAAAGUUCAGCGAGACAUCUUGGUGCCGAGCAGUUAGGCACUUUAAACAACUCCCGACAUUUUGAGCUAACUCUCUGACUGUUUAAGAGCCUAAGAGCCUUGUGAAUAUUGUUGCUCACAUGCAUGAGUCUGGCAGACCUAUUUUGCUACUUUUUUACUAUGUCAGAGGAGCCUUUUCCAAUGGUGUCACAGACCUUACAGUAGUUAUCGAAAUGUCGUUUGACUAGAGCAUUGUGGAUAGAGUGGCUAUGUCUACUAAAUCCCAAAUCUGCCUCAAGCCUCCUAUUUCCGAACUGGUUUCAAUUGGCUCUUAAAGUGUUCAGCUCUGUCUUUUAUGAAUGUCUAAUUCACAAAAUUACCGUAGCCUGAUACAUUUACAACUUUGACUUGGCGGCAAAUAAAAAACCUAGGUUAGCAAAUUGAUGAAAAUAAAUGAGGAGGUAUCGUUUGUUUGUUUGUUUUUAAUUUUUUGUAAAUUUUUUGUUUUUUUUGCUACCAUUGUACUGUUAUAGAACGAAAAAGCUGCGCCGAACUGCUUCGAGACGGUUGGAAUUCCAGUGGCGUAUAUACCAUCAAUCCAGAUGGUGGCAAUUCGAUCCAAGUGUUAUGUGACAUGACAACGGAAGGUGGAGGUUGGACUGUUUUUCAGAAACGUUUGGACGGCUCUGUUAACUUCUAUCGUGGAUGGGAAUCCUACAAAAACGGCUUUGGAAGUCUGAGUGGCGAGUUCUGGCUUGGAAACGACAAUAUACAUCGUUUGGCAGACUCUGAUGACGUCAUGCUCAGAGUUGACUUGGAAGACUUUGAAGGGAACAUCACCUACGCUGAGUACACGACUUUUAAGGUGGCAGACGAGGCCGACAAGUACCGGCUUUUGAUUGGAGGAUACAAGGGUACUGCUGGUGACUCUAUGGCAGAGGGACUUUCCCUAAGGUAAAUGAAAUCGGAAUCACAAAGUGCAGAAGGGAUAUUAUCUAGAUCAGGUGUUUGCCCGCGAUUACUGACUGACCCUAACCAUAUGAGUAUGAAGAAUUGAUAUAUCGAUUGACAAAUUGUUCACUAGGGCGGAUGAUUAGUUGAAACAGAUAUUAGACUUAAUGAUUCAGAGACUGACUGAAUAAAUUUUUGAUUUACUGAAAAAUUGACAGAUUAAUUGACUUAUUAACUAAAUGACUGAUCGAUUAACGGAGUGAUUGACUUAUUGCCUGAUUGAUUUUCUGAUCAAUUGACGGAUUGAUUGAUUGCCUAAUAAUUAAUAAAUGAUUUAUUAUAGCAAUAUGUCGUUUACAACGAAAGAUGUGGACAACGACUUGAGCGGUCAGAACUGUGCUCUGUUGUUCCAAGGAGCUUGGUGGUACAACGAUUGUCAUUAUUCAAACCUCAACGGCUUAUAUCGUGGAGGAUCAUUCAGUGAUUCGCCUGCAAAUGGUGUCUCUUGGAAUUCUUUCAGAGGAGCUUGGUACUCCCUGAAACGUACCGAGAUGAAAAUGAGGCCUUCAAAUUGA